AUGCUCAAGUAUAUUCACAAACGACGAAUAACGUCCUUCACCAAUGCGAACGAAAUCCUCUUCAAACCGAUCUUCGCUUACUUUGCAACUGGACAAAGAGUGUGCAAAUUUGCAGAUGAGCAUUCGCAAGAUGGCGAUGGCCGUGGAUCACCCACCACUGUGCCAGCUAUCUAUGAGAAGAUCAAGAGAUCGAAUUCAAGUCUUGGCAGGACCAGCAAAAAGUUGCUCGAGAACAGCAUUGAGCGCGUCUUACAGGUGAAAAGGCAGGAUGAAGAUAGCAGAAGUGAAGAUGACAGUGGGUCUCUGGCUGAGGAACUGGACGGCAAUGGCGUCGAAAUAAGGUCUAAGACUAUGAACGAUGUCAAUCAAAGCAUAGUCGGGGCAUGGUCGAAGCAGCGAAUGCCCUCGAAGGAAGGAGUAGUGGCGAUAAACAGGGCCUCUGAUCAACCAUCGGUUGCAGCUAGCAAGAAACGUCAUGCCGAUGGCGCUCCACCAGCCAAGCGUAGGAAAGCAGUACCGGAGAUUGACCGUUCUCCACCAACGCACCUGAGUCUUGCUGAUCUUGGAGGGGUGGAUGAUAUCAUUCGACAGCUUGAAGAUCUUAUUGUCCUGCCUCUUUUGCAGCCUGAAAUCUAUGCGAAUUCAAAGAUACAGCCACCUCGCGGAAUACUGCUUCAUGGUCCUCCUGGCUGUGGGAAGACUAUGAUUGCCAAUGCCUUCGCCGCAGAGCUGGGUGUACCCUUCAUUGCACUUUCCGCUCCGUCAGUGGUUUCCGGGAUGUCUGGAGAGUCAGAGAAAGCUCUUCGAGAGCACUUUGAAGAAGCCAAGAAAGUUGCGCCAUGUCUCUUGUUCAUUGAUGAAAUUGAUGCCAUUACACCCAAACGAGAAAGCGCGCAGCGGGAAAUGGAGAAACGGAUCGUGGCUCAGCUUCUUACCUGUAUGGACGGCCUUUCUUUCGAAAACACCGGUGGUAAAUGUGUGAUCGUGCUUGCUGCAACAAAUCGACCCGAUAGUCUCGAUGCAGCGCUGAGGCGAGGUGGUCGGUUUGAUAAGGAAAUCAAUCUUGGGGUUCCGAGCGAAGCAGUGAGGGGCCAGAUAUUGAAAGCACUAACCAGACAGACGGCGUUGGCAAAUGAUAUUGACUUUGCUCAUCUGGCAAAGCGGACGCCUGGGUUUGUAGGCGCAGAUCUAAAUGACUUGGUAUCUACGGCUGGUGCAGCGGCGAUAAAGCGCUUUCAUGAGACACUCAAGACGGAAAGUAACGAGAUGGAGAUGGACGAAAGUGACGACAAGGCUUCCUUUCAGCUGAUUGGGCUCCGAAGGCUUAUCAAACGUGCAAAAGAACGCCCAUUUGAUGCCACAGCUAUAUUGAUUACGGAGAGCGACUUUUUAAUAGCUUUACCAACAAUCCAGCCAUCUGCGAAGCGUGAAGGCUUUGCCACCAUUCCGGACACCACUUGGGCUGAUAUUGGAGCUCUGAGAAACGCGCGUGAAGAAUUGCUGACGGCCUUUGUGGAUCCUAUCAAAUCUCCUAAGAAGUACGAGGAAUUCGGGAUCACACAACCAAGUGGUGUUCUACUCUGCGGGCCUCCCGGAUGUGGGAAGACCUUACUCGCACAAGCGGUCGCAAACGAAUCCAAAGCCAAUUUCAUUAGCGUCAAAGGUCCAGAGUUACUCAACAAGUACGUCGGUGAAUCCGAAAGAGCUGUCCGACAAGUAUUCAUUCGGGCGCGAUCGUCCGUUCCGUGUCUGAUCUUCUUCGACGAGCUUGACGCUAUUGUGCCUCGAAGGGACGACACCCUAUCCGAAUCGUCGGCGAGAGUCGUGAACACUUUGCUUACCGAAUUGGACGGACUCAGUACGAGGGCUGGCAUCUACGUGCUAGCGGCGACAAAUAGACCAGAUAUCAUUGAUCCGGCAAUGCUCCGCCCUGGUCGUUUAGGGACCCAUCUCUGGGUUGAUCUGCCUGACGCGGUAGAAAGGGUGAAAAUAUUGCAGACCUUGACACGCAAAAUAUCCCUCAAAUGCACCGAGGCAAUGGAUGAGGUUGCUCAAGACUGUGAGGGUUUCAGUGGAGCAGACUUGGGGAGCCUCUUACGACAAGCGGGUUAUGCUGCUAUCCGACGCAAUAGCAACAGCAUCGAACAUGAAGAUUUCAUGCAAGCAAAGAAUAAAGUACGGCCGAGCGUGACAGACCGGCGCAAAUAUGACCUUCUGAAAGCACAGUGGGGAGCGCCGACCUAA